AUGCUGCGCCACCUUCGAUCUCACGUCGAGGAAAAACAAUACGUAUGUAAAGAUUGUAAAAAGGCGUUUGGAAGAAGAUUGCACUUGACAGAGCACGAAAAAUUUGCAUGUCGAGGCAAGGCUCUACAAAAAAAUAAAGUAAUACAUGAAGAAAACGAGUCACCAUUUGUUGAGGUUGACAAAGCAUUAAAAGGCAGAAUCAAAACUUUUGUAGCUCAACCAGACUCUAGCGAUCUUGAUACAGCUUUAAAGAAAUUCAAACUGUCAAUAGUGGAAAAGAUUCAAUUUAUUCUACUCACCUACUCAGCUGUUAAGUUUAACAUCUUUGUUGAAUCUGAAUUCACAAACAUAGCUGGGGAUAAUUGUGAACGGAGUUUUAAAACAAAAAACAUUAUCGUUUAUAAAACUACUGAUUUAAAUCCUAUGCUUGAAGAUGCGUUUGAGAAUUUGAGAACGGAAAAAAGUGAAUGUGAAAUGAAGAAAUCGGGAUGGACCUUUAGUAAGGUGAAACGAGUUGAGCUGAGGAUCAAUCGAUACAACCCUUUGCGAGGCUCACGUCACAUUCAACUUCCGAAACGAAUUUCUGAUAGGAAAGCUGUGAUAAACAUUAGAAAUUCUGAUGACUUUUGUUUCAAGUACGCGAUUCUGUCAAAACAUGUCACCAAAGAACCCUGGAUAGUGUCCCAAUACAUAAAUAACAAAGAACUUGAAGAUAAAUAUGAUUGGAACUGCAUCUCAUUCCCAGUGAAACUCGAUGAGAUCAAACAUUUCGAAAAAACAAACAGUGUUUCUGUAAACGUAUUUGGACUAACCGAACAGGCUGACGUUUACCCGUUAAAGGUUUGUGAAGAAGAGAAGGAAAAUCACUUCGAUUUAUUGUACAUUACUGAUCUCAAUACAUCACAUUAUUGCCUAAUAACCGAUUUUAAUAGAUUAGUUCAUUCCCAAUUUACAAACAACUGCGGUAAAAUCAAGGUUUGUAAGCGUUGUUUUGCCCAUUUUAACGAUUACUAUGACAAAACUGCUGAGGAAAAAUUGAUUGCUCAUCAACUUGAAUGUCCGAAAGUUCAGCGAUGUGAAUUUCCAUCCUACGACACCAUUUCGUUUACAAAUGACCAUCGUUCAAAGAAAGUUAGGUUUGUGAUAUAUGCUGACUUUGAAACACUACUGCAACCAGUUCAUGCUUGUGAUGGUGACCCAGAAACAUCUUGGACAAGUGCAUAUCAGCAUCAUACACCUUAUAGCUAUGCAUACUUGUUAAAAGACUCAGAGGAUCAGCAUACACAACUGCGAGUGUAUCGAGGACAGGACGCUGCCAAACAUUUUGUAAAAAGCAUGAACGAUGAUAUACAAUUUAUAGACAAGAUUUUGUUUGGCGACAAGAAGCUUCAAGUACCUAAGCUUAUGCAGAAGGAACAAGAAGACUUCGAUGCUGCUACUGCUUGUCAUGUUUGUAACAAAGGAAACUUUACCCAGGAAAACUGCAAGGUAAGAAAUCAUUGUCAUAUCAGUGGGAAAUAUCUUGGAGUCACCCAUAGACACUGCAAUCUGUUUUAUCAAGAUCAACAUUUUGUGCCCUGCUUUAUCCACAACCUGUCAGGAUACGACUCUCAUUUUAUCGUCAGAGAACUGGGCUAUGACACAAAUGAAAUUAAAGUUAUACCCAACACUGAAGAAAAAUACAUCUCAUUUUCAAAAAUGGUUAAAGUCAAACAUGCCAAAAAUAAUGUGAUGGAAUUGAGAUUUUUAGAUUCCUAUAGAUUUAUGCAGGAUAGUCUCAGCAACUUGGCAAAUAACCUACCAAAACCUGAUUUUAUUGAAACAAAAAGACAUUUUCCUGAAAAUACCGAAAUGUUAACAAAAAAAGGAAUAUUCUGCUAUGACUACAUGACUUCAUUCGACAAACUCGAAGAAAGACAACUUCCACCAAAGUCUGCAUUUUACAGUAGACUAAGUGAAGAGGAGAUAAGCGAUGAAGACUACAGUCAUGCGGAAAACGUGUGGAUAACAUUCAAUAUAAAAACAUUAGGAGAGUAUUCUGACAUUUAUGUAAAAUGUGACGUCUUGAUCCUGUGUGAUGCAUUUGAAAAUUUCCGCAAAACCUGUCUAUUGACUUACAACUUAGACCCUGCCUACUACUUUACUACACCAGGACUGGCAUGGGAUGCAAUGUUGAAAUAUACAGGCAUUCAACUCGAAAUCAUUAAGGACAUGGACAUGUUUUUGAUGGUCGAGAAGGGAAUUCGAGGCGGGAUCACACAGUGUAUCAAACGUCACGCCGUAGCCAACAACAAGUAUAUAUCAAAAGACCCUAAUGUGCCCAGCAAGUAUUUAAUCUAUCUUGACGCAAAUAACUUAUAUGGGGAAGCAUUAAGUCGUCAUAUCCCUUAUGCUGGGCUCAAGUGGUGUGAUGAUUUAGAAAUUGAUGUUGAGUCCAUACCCGACGACGCUGACGAGGGAUAUAUACUUGAGGUUGACCUGGAAUAUCCACAAACACUACACGAUGACCAUGCUGAUCUACCUUUCUGUGCAGAGACAAAAGUGCCACCUGGAGGUGUACAUAAGAAACUUUUAACGACAGUUGAAGACAAAGAAAAAUAUGUGAUACAUUAUGUAGCUCUAAAACAAGCAUUGAGUCAUGGAUUGAAGUUGAAAAAGAUUCAUCGUGCAAUUCAAUUCAAACAAAAAGACUGGCUCAAACCUUUCAUUAAUCUAAACACUGAAAAGAGAAAAAAUGCAUGCAACGAAUUCGAGAAAGACUUUUACAAAUUGAUGUCCAAUGCGAUAUAUGGGAAGACGAUGGAACAGGUUCGAAACAGACUCGAUAUAAGGUUAGUGUCAGAUCCGAAAAAGGCUGAGAAACUUAUUUCAAAGCCCAACUUUAUCGAUCGAACCGUCUACAAUGAAAACUUAGUAGGCAUUCACAUGGGAAAGACAAAGAUUGUAUUGAACAAACCAAUUUAUAUUGGUAUGAGUAUAUUAGAUUUAAGUAAAGUGCGAAUGUAUGACUUUUAUUACGACGUAUUGAAGCCAUUUUACGGAGACAGAGUGAAACUUUGCUACCAGGAUACCGACUCUUAUUUUCUUGAGAUUGAGACAGUAGAUUUAUAUGAAGACUUAAAAUUGAUUCAAACUCAUCUUGACACCAGCAACUAUCCCAAGGACCAUCCUCUGUUUUCAGAGGAAAAUAAAAAAGUUCUUGGGAAGUUUAAGGAUGAAUUAGGUGGUGAAGUGAUGAAAGCCUUUGUAGGACUACGAAGUAAGGUGUACGCUAUAGACAAGAGAGACAGUUCCAUCAAAAAAGUCAAAGGAAUCAAAAAAUCUGUUGUGAAAAAUAAGAUAAAAUUUGAAGACUACGUCCAGUGUCUGUAUUCUCGUGAGUCUACCUACACUAUAAACAACAUCAUCUCAUCGAAGAAGCAUAUCGUUUCAACUGUUGCCAUAAACAAAGUGACUUUGAGUGCUGACGAUGACAAGAGAUACAUUCUACCAGACAAAAUCAACACUCUUCCAUACGGCCAUUAUCGACUUCAGGAGGAACCACCAUUGAAAAGAAGAAAACUAACUGUUUAG